AUGCGUAAAAUCCUCGAAAAAAUCAUCGACAUACGACUGAGAUGGAUUCUCGAAAAAACUAACUACCUUUCCUCCCAACAAAAUGGUUUUCUCAAACAUAGAAGCACAUAUAAUAGAUUACAUGACAUACAGAAGGAUAUAAAAAAAACAUUCGAAGCCAGACAAGUUCUAGGACUAGUUGCCCUCGACAUUGCCAAAGCAUAUGACACCACAUGGCGCCCACGAAUAAUAGAAAAACUACACAAGAUACUUUGUCACGGAAAUAUGCUCAAUUUUAUCAAACACUUCUUGUCAGACAGAACUUUUCAGAUCAAAACUGAUGGCCACCUCUCCUUAACCCUCAAACAAGAAAACGACGUCCCUCAAGGAUCCACCAUCUCUGUCACCCUUUUCCUCAUAGCUAUUAAUGACGUAAGUGAAUCAAUUAAACUCCCCGUAAACCAUACUUUUUUUGCCGACGACCAAACCAUAUGGUGCCGAGGGAGAAAUAUAAAUAGCAUACAACCAAUAUUACAAGACACAUUAUCUUCACUAGAAAAAUGA